GAAAACCCAAUCCUCCCCUUUCCCCCUGAAAUGACCAUAUCAAACAACAAACAGACCAUCUCUCCUAAACCCCAAAGAACCCAAUUCGCAACCAUGAAGAAAACCGUUACCACACCGACCACGGCGUCGUCGGCGUCGUCUUCAUCAUCCUCAGUGAAGUCAAGCACCACAGGUCCUCCGAUGGAGGAAGAUCGAUCCGAAAGCUGCUACUACCCAGGUUGCAGAAAAGACGCCAAUUGCAAUUGUGAUAUGUGCUUGGCCAGCAUCAAUGCCACUCUUGAUUUGAUGCCCUUUAGCGUCCAGAAGAGCUCGAUGACAAAGUUCUCGUCUUCGAGGCCCGAUCGGCCCAAUUCUAGUGUUGAGCAGACUCCCAUUUCUUUUGACGCUUCGGUUUUGUCGACCCCAAUAUCGACCUCUCCUCGGUUUCAAGCUUCUCCGGAUCUUAAGCCCUCUGCAAGAUUGGAUUUUGAGCAGAGUGUGGUGGAGAAAGAGGAGGGGAGGAAAUGGGGUUUUGGGUGGGAUUGUUGGAAACUGGUUCUGGGUUUAAGUUUGGUUUAUGUGGUGGUUUAUGGGUUUUAUUCUAAUUUGGCUUCUGGGGUUUUGAAACCUGUUUUGUCACCUGAGAUUGUGAGAAAUGCUGGUGAGAAAUCUUGGGUUGUGCAAGAUUUGAAUGGGAGGCUGAGGUUCUUGCAGAAAGAGAUGCAGGGUCUUGUUCCUGGCAAGGUUUCAAAUUGCAGCUAUCCUAAUUCUCUUUGGGAAAUUACCCAGGAUGGUUUGCUUCUGAGUUCACAUUGUAAACUGUUCAAAUCUGCAAUUGAAGAGGUGAGCAUAUGGGGAUGGCCUUUGCAGACUGCAGGGUUGCUCACAACUGGGUUUUCGUCUCGGUCUUACACAAUCUUAUCAGGCAGAGUCACAGAGUGGUCAGAUGGAAAGGUUGGCUAUGUGAUUCGAAAGGAAAACUCGUCUUGGGUGCAAAGGAAUUGGGGUGCCUCAGCAGUGCAGUUAGAUCCCAAUACAUGGCUUCUUGAGUAUCGACGGAGUUCAGUAUCUCACAACCAAAGAUUGGUUUCAGCAGUACUCUCUUUCUUGAAAUAUAAACUUUCAAGAGCACUUGGAAAGAUUAAGCAGAAGUUUUGGCUCCCCUCUACUUUUGGAAAUAACCAGUACUAUGAAGUUACUGCUGAAUAUAACAUCAAGAUCCCAACAUGAAGAGAAUCAGUGGAUAUAUAUCAGAGGCUCCAUGUCUUCUCUCAGCAGAUAUCAUGAUCUCAUAUCUUGUGAGAAGCCUACAAAUGAGAUUCCAAUGUCCUGUUUGGUAUGUGGAACCUGUUGAGCUUAAUCAUUUAAUCGUUUUUCUUAUGGAUAGUUCAAAAUGUAUAUUUUGCCUAGCUGAUGCAAAAGACCAAUUCCUACAUGGGUUUAUGAAUCCAGAUAGAAAAUGU